CACGAAAGAGGUAGCUGGAAUCUUCACAGUUCACUUGUGAGUCAAGUGCGACGGACAGGUUCGGACCCUCGUCUAGGCCCCCGCCAAAAAGCCAGGAACAUCCCCGGCUCGUGGUGGACAAUUCUCACUGCCUGGCGGCUACGUAAGACAGCCCAACGCAUCUUCACCCAGUAUUCGUGAGGUACACGUUAUGCGCCAACGUCAACACCACUCACACGAGGCUAAGCCGAGCAGUGCAACAAGAGUACGGCGACGAAUAAAGACGGCGCAGACUUUUACUUGUCUCCAAUCUCCGAGGCCUGGGCGCUUCGUCAACCAAGCAUAUAUCCCCAACAGUCCGGAACCGCCACCGCCAGAGGCGCAACCUGGGGUGUUUAGGUGUUUGAAGACGAAAACGAGACGCCUGACGACGCCGAGCCAUCUCGGACAAGACGAAAGCUGCCCCGCCGUUCCCAAGAAGCUCCUCCUUAGGCCCUCUGUCUAAAUUACCGACAGUCCCUCAUCUCGCCAGGUCCCCCAGCAUUAUGACCUCACAGGAACACGAGUCUGGUACAUUCCUUUACAAGCAAUAGCCAGAGAGAAAGAAAAAAGAAAGAGGGAAACAACGAUAUUGUUGCCGCCUUUGCAGGACAAUUUGUUGCCAGCUUCCGUACUACCACACCAACGUCCUUCAGUCAAUCUGCAUCUCAUCUUGAACAGGCACCAAAACUUAAGGCCGGCCGCAGACCAGCAACCCACUCGACCACAGCCAGCGCCAUCAGCGUCGCCGAGAGCAACUACCCGACCACGGCGGGCAUCCUUCCCCAUCAACCAGCAGUCAGCGGCACCACAAACCGGGUCUCCUCUCCGUCCACCAGCAACCGAGCACACGUAAGGUGCAUACACUACCUACUCUCGUCGGGUACCUGACCUGGCCUGACUUACUACCGAUUAAGGUACCUUAGGUUGACAGAGGAAGUACGUACUCACGAUUGAGCUUGGGUGCACUGACUCUCGACUGCCCCCGACUGAGCUGCCACCAUUCUGGGCUCCUUCAAUCGUCGCUGCCCGCCCCCACCCCGCACUCCGCCCGCCACGGCAAGACAGACAGCAACCAGCAACCUGCCCAGCGACCUGACCGGAGAGCUGCAUCCGUCCACCUCCAGCCCGUCGCUUUUUCUUCCCAAGGCCACCUCUGAAGAGGCCCCGUAUGCCACCCAAUCAUCAAGACAUUUGAACGAGGCUGCCCAUCACAGCAAACCACCCCUCCGACUGCGAUUCACUGUCCCCCCGCGACAUCCCCGCGAUUCCCCCGGGCCGAAACCUCGUCUCCGGAGCUGGCCUCGUCGCCCUCUUUCAAAAUGACGCAGUCGCCCAUGAUCUCCUCGCCUCUCAAGGCCACAAACGAAAUCGACUGGGUUACCCCGCUGAAGGACUACAUCAGAGAUACAUACGGCGAUGAUCCUGAACGCUAUGCCGAGGAGUGCGCCACCCUCAAUCGUCUGCGACAGGACGUGAGGGGCGCCGGCAAGGACAGCACCUCAGGUCGCGAUAUGCUCUACAGAUACUACGGCCAGCUCGAGCUUCUCGACUUGCGCUUUCCUGUCGAUGAGCAACACAUCAAGAUCUCCUUCACCUGGUUCGAUGCCUUUACACAUAAAUCGACGGCCCAAUAUUCGCUCGCCUUCGAAAAGGCUUCCAUAAUAUUCAACAUCUCCGCCGUCCUAUCAUGUCACGCUGCCCACCAAACAAGAUCCGAGGAGUCAGGCCUCAAGGCCGCGUACCACUCCUUCCAAGCCUCCGCCGGCAUGUUCACUUACAUCAACGAGAACUUUCUCCACGCACCUUCGUCCGACCUUAGCCGCGAAACUGUCAAGACUCUCAUUUCAAUCAUGUUGGCACAGGCUCAAGAGGUUUUCCUAGAGAAACAAGUGGCGGAUCAGAAGAAGGUGGCCUUGCUGGCCAAGCUCUCCAGCCAAGCAGCGUACUUGUACGGGCAGGCUGUUGAAGGUGUCCAGGACAAUUUUAACAGAGCCAUCUUCGAGAAAGUCUGGCUUCUCAUGGUUCAGGUCAAAUUCAAUCUCCUGAGCUCCAUGUCGCAAUACUACCAGGCCCUCGCCGAUGACGAAGCUGGUCAGCAUGGAACUGCUGUCGCGAGACUUCAAGCUGCAGAAACCCAGGGCAAGGAGGCAAGCCGCAUCGCCGCCAAUUUCCCAAGCUCAGUACCCCCGAGCUCGAACCUCGGCGCCGAGACUGGUGGGCUUUUGGUCGAGUUUAGUAAACGGCAUCUGUCGACCGUCCAGGACAAACUCAAAGAAUUCAGCAAGGAUAACGAUUUCAUCUACCAUCAAACCGUACCCGCGGAGGCCAGCCUUGCACCCGUCCCGAAGCUUCCUGCGUCAAAACCAAUCCCUGUCAGCGAGCUCUAUGCCGGCCAAGAUAUCCAGCGCAUUACCGGACCCGACCUUUUCUCCAAGAUUGUGCCCCUGGCUGUGACGGAAUCGGCCAGUCUUUACGAUGAGGAAAAGGCCAAGUUGAUCAGAGCUGAGACGGAACGAGUGGACACGGCGAACAGUGAAAUGGCAGCAAGUCUGGACUACUUGAGACUUCCCGGCGCUUUGCAGGUUCUGAAAGGUGGUUUCGAUCAAGAAAUCAUGCCGGAUGAAGAGUUCAGGACUUGGUGUGAGGAUGUUGCGGGGCAUGAAGAUCCCGCCGCCAUUUUCGAUAUCUUGAGAUCCGACAAGGAUAUCAUUGUGAACACACUGGAUAAGAACACGAAACAACUGGAUAUGGAAGAAAGUGUGUGCGAGAAGAUGCGAUCCAAAUACGAAAACGAAUGGACCCAGCAACCGAGUUCGAGAUUAACAUCAACUCUGCGAAGCGAUAUCAGGAACUACCGAGAAGCGUUGGAAGAGGCAGCGAGAAGCGACAAUCAAUUGGCGGCAAAAUUACGGCAAAAUGAAGUCGAAUUCGAGGAGAUGAGGGCGGCAGCCUCCCACGGAAGUAUCGAGUCCCUGUUUCAACAUGCCGUCAGCAAGGUGCGCGGAAAAUCGAGCAAUGUUACGAGUCCUUUGGGCAACGAGCCAAACCUGCUGGAUGUCGACUUUGACGAAGGGGGCCCGAGUGUCGUUGACCAAAUUCACAAAGUGGAAGAGAUUAUGAAGAAGUUGAACCUGAUCAAAAGAGAACGCAACCAAGUGUUGAAAGACCUCAAGGAAAAGGUUCACAACGACGACAUCUCGGAAAUUCUGAUUUUGAACAAAAAGUCAAUAACCAAUUACGAGAACCAACUCUUCCAGUCAGAGUUGGAAAAGUUCCGGCCAUACCAGAACAGAUUGCUACAGGCAAAUCACAAGCAGUCCGCCUUGAUGAAGGACUUGACAACCAGCUUCAACACACUGCUGCAGGACAAGCGGGUCCGUUCGGAGCAGAGCAAGUACGAGACAGUGCAACGCCAAAGGACAUCGGUCAUGAACAAGUACAAGCGGGCGUAUCAGGAGUUCCUCGAUCUAGAGGCUGGUCUUCAAGGUGCCAAGACUUGGUAUGCCGAGAUGAAGGAGACCGUACAAAGCCUUGAGAAGAACGUCGAUACGUUCGUCAACAACAGGCGGUCUGAGGGGGCUCAGCUUCUCAACAGCAUUGAGCAGGAGCGAUCAACCCGUAAAGACGCACAUGCUGAGCUGGAGCGCGAGCGUCUGAGGGGUUUGAUGGAGCGUAUGUCCAUGGAGCCUCCUGCGCCGUCACCCAAGCCUGCCUCGAACCGGCCAACGCCGUCGCCUUUGAACUUCGCCAACAACUCGACUCCGCGAUACCCCCAGACCAACUUUUCGGGUCAAUACCAAGUCCCUCAGUCUCCGCCUCCGAACCAGCAGCAGUACCCGAGCUUCGCCGCCCCUCCCACCUCGCAGUCUUACACGCCUCAGCCGGCGAAUACAUACGGCCAGCCAGCAUACAAUCCGAGUCAGUACGGCCGCACUCCCGGCCCAACAUCACCGCCUCCCCACCAGUCCACUUUCGGCCCAACUGUCUUGCGAGGCCCGGCUUCGCCCCCGCCAACGCAGACCUCAUUCAAUCAGAACCAGCAGUACGGCAGUUUCCCUAACCCACAGCAACAACAGCAACAAAUGCCUGCCGGGUUCGUUCCGCCGCCUCCGCCUCCUGGUCCUCCACCAUUGGGCCCUCAGCAGACUUUCUACGGCCAGCAAGAUUACCAACAGCAGCAGCAGCAACAACAAAACUAUCCGCAGCAAAACCCACAAAGUGCCUACCCUUCUAGUGCGCACCCAAGGUCAGCUCAACCUCAACAGAACAGUGAUCCUUGGGCGGGAUUGAACAACUGGAAAUAAGAGUGGCUGGGAAUGACGAGUCGAAACUUAGAGACGUUGAUAACACUUCAAGUGGUGGUAGCUUUUGCGUGAAGCACGCAACUGAGAGUUAGGUAGCUGCUUAACAUCUAAGGCGAGUGAGUGUUGGUUGCAGGCAGGAUGGUACCACAAAAUCAAUGGUUCGAAUAGGCCUAGGGCGUGAUGAGGCUUGCCAGUAGGCACAACAGACUAGCAAGACAUCUUGAGAGGGGAAAAGCCGAAUGACAGUGGUGAGCGGCUUAUACAUAGACCAAACAACCAACC